GUGAAUCGUGAUGAGAGAUGUAAGUGCGGCCCUGAGUCGUGGUCCAAACACGUGUGGAGUGAAUCUUAGGACAGAUGCUACUGUAGCGCAGCGCGGGGACGAACAAAAGCGUCGCUGUAAAGGGGCGAAAAAAAUAUUUUUCGGCAAAACGUCUCGUGGACUGUUUUUGGUCGUUUGAGAUUCACUUUGAAGAGUAAGCUGUGGCUGAAGAAUAUUUUGAAACCAGGGCACAAUGAUGAAGUACAUCCUGGUAACUGGAGGAGUCAUCUCCGGCAUCGGCAAAGGCAUCAUCGCGAGCAGCGUGGGCACGAUCCUGAAGUCCUGCGGCCUGCAUGUGACCGCCAUCAAGAUCGACCCGUACAUCAACAUCGACGCGGGCACGUUUUCGCCCUACGAGCACGGGGAGGUGUUUGUUCUGGAUGACGGCGGCGAGGUGGACUUGGACCUGGGGAACUACGAACGUUUCCUCGACAUCCGGCUGACCAGAGACAACAACUUAACCACCGGCAAAAUCUACCAGUCGGUCAUCAACAAAGAGAGGAGGGGAGACUACCUGGGAAAGACUGUGCAGGUGGUGCCUCACAUCACGGACGCAAUCCAGGAAUGGGUGGUGAAACAGGCCACGGUGCCGGUGGAUGACGACGGCCUCAAACCGCAAGUUUGUGUAAUAGAGUUGGGAGGCACCGUCGGCGACAUAGAGAGCAUGCCUUUCGUCGAGGCCUUCAGGCAGUUCCAGUUUAAAGUGAAGAGGGAGAACUUCUGCAACAUUCACGUCAGCCUGAUACCACAGCCCAGCGCGACCGGAGAGCAAAAGACCAAACCAACACAGAACAGCGUCAGGGAGCUGAGGGGACUGGGGUUGUCGCCCGACCUGAUCAUGUGCCGCUGCUCCACCGCUCUGGAGAACUCGGUCAAAGAGAAGAUCUCCAUGUUCUGCCACGUCGAGCCCGAACAGGUCAUCUGUGUGCACGACGUGUCGUCCAUCUACAAAGUGCCGCUGCUGCUGGAGCAGCAGGGCGUGGUGGGCUACCUCAGCAGGAGACUCAACAUGCCCAUCGAGACUCGGCCCAGGAAGAUGCUGACAAAAUGGAAGGAGAUGUCCGACAGGGAUAACUGUCCCCGUGGUUUACAAGUCCCUUCUCCUCAGUACAUAGACUCGGCGUCUCUGGAGCCCAGCACGCUGACGGAGGAGCCGGUGAAGUACCACGAGGCAUGGCAGAAGCUCUGCAGUGCUGACGGCAUCCUGGUUCCGGGAGGUUUCGGUGUGAGAGGAACCGAAGGGAAGAUUCAUGCCAUCAACUGGGCCAGGAAGCAGAAAAAACCUUUCCUGGGUGUGUGUCUGGGAAUGCAGUUGGCAGUGUGCGAGUUUGCCAGGAACACACUCGGCUGGGCAGACGCCAACUCAACUGAAUUUGAUCCAGAAUCAAAGCACCCAGUGGUGAUUGACAUGCCGGAGCACAACCCCGGGCAGAUGGGCGGAACCAUGAGGCUAGGGAAGAGACGGACCAUAUUCAAGACCAACAGCAGCGUAUUACGGAAACUAUACGGCGAUGCAGAAUAUGUGGACGAACGGCACAGACAUCGCUUCGAGGUCAACCCUGAGCUCAAGAGUCACUUUGAAGAGAAGGGCUUCCGCUUCGUAGGCCAAGACGUUGAAGGGGAAAGGAUGGAGGUCAUAGAGCUGGAUGAUCAUCCGUACUUCGUUGGAGUGCAGUAUCACCCCGAGUUCACCUCCCGCCCCAUUAAGCCGUCCCCCCCGUAUCUCGGUCUGCUGCUGGCUGCGGCCGGGAAGCUGCCGAGCUACCUGCAGAAGGGCUGCAGUCUGUCUCCGCGGGACACAUACAGCGACCGGAGCGGCAGCAGCACACCAGACUUCGAGAUAUCAGAGUUGAAAUUUCCUCCUACCUCAAAUGAAUGAGUUAAUGUGUUGUUUUUUGCCUUGUCUUUUUCAAAUACAAUUUGAACUUGACCAGUAGAUACAAGAGCUUUUUCACAUCCUUAAACAUUACCACAUGAUAUCUAACAUUGUAAAUACUCACGGUUUUUAUCCAGACUAGUAUUCGAGCAGUGAACAAGUUAUGGCCAGAAAUGAACUUGUACUCAUUUAUGCCAUUGGGCAGAAAUUACUGCCCAAUUUAAAAGGUUUGUGCCUAUAAACAUGAAUGAAAAUUCAAAUGUGCAGUCGAGUCACUCAACUAUGUCCACAUGAGGUAAUCCGAACGGUCUAAUGAUGCAAAUGGUCAAAACUGAUAAUAUCCAUAUGCUGGGGGGGUUGAAGUCAGAUUGAUAUUAGACACCAACAGUGUGAAGAGAAUUUACUACAUUAGGGCUGUAAACUAAUAUUCUAUAUUCAAAUGUAUAAAACUGCGGCACGCCUCACUAUUGCAUGAAUAAAACAGACAAGAUCGGCUGCAA